AACUUUGCCUGCCGCCGGAUUGUUCGUUUCAGGCUCGUUGAGGUUUGCGAACAGUUCCAUCUCUCGUCACCAAUGGCGAGUGCGCAUUGCACCGUCUUCUCCCUUCGCCUACGUUCGAAUAACCCCAUUGCCAGACGAACCUGUCCUCUGCUAGUAGUAGUUUCUUCUGUUCCUGCUUCAAACCCUACAAAAGUCAGGCUCAGGCAUAGGAGGAAAAACCAUUUGAGACCCAAAAUUCUGAAAACGCUCACUAAAUCCCAUCCAUCCAUCGUUCCUCUUCUAACUCAAGAACCUCCCCUCUCGCGCCCACAUACCACAGAGGUAGAUGAUUUUCCUGUUGAGGUUCCCGCCGAUGGAGUCCCCUCCGAAAGUAUUGCUGUCGCUGCCGGAGAAGGUGGUGAGUUGGAAGAAUCACCAGCAUCUGAGAUGACGGGAACAUUGGAAGAAUUCAACGGUAUUUCUGGCAAGCUUUCCGCUAGGUCUAUCCUAAAAUACAGUGCCAUUUUGUUUGGGGCUUUUGUGUUACAGACUAUUUUUUCCGUUUUGAUUACGCUCGAUGAUGACUCGAAGCAGAAAGCUGGGGAUUCGAGUAUAUAUGCAAGAGAAAAGAGGAAUGCUUUGUUUGAUGGGAGUGGAAAAACCAUGCGGGUUGCUAGUGCAAGUGGUGCGAUUUAUUUGGAGGAUCAGCAUGAGAUGGAAAAGAAAAUUGAAGAAAUUAAGCUAAUGGCAAGGGAAGCUCGGAUAAUUGAAGGAGAAAAGGAGGAGAAAGGAAUUGGAUACCCUGAAAGUGAUGAUGAAAGCGCUGUUUCUGGUCAUAGACUUGGCAUUGAGAAAGAUAUUGGUGCACGCUUGUUGAAGUUGCAGGAUAGGGUGAAUUCUGGUAUGGAUAAAUCAGCAUGGUUAAAUGCUAUUAAGAAUUUGCGAACUUGCGUAAAAUCUACAGGUGGAGUGGUUAGGGACGAUAAGAAUGUGAACAAGGGAAAUGGAGCAUUAACGUUUAAGAAAAAGCUUAAAUAUAAAAGCCCUUCAACAAAGCCAAGAAAGGCUCCCAAGGUUUUUCAGGGACUAGAGACGACAAAGCAUCUAAUGCAGACUAUAGAUUCAUCGAGUAAGGACAAGGCUACAGCACAAGAUAAUAGAAGCACCGCCACCGAUCACGUACAAAUAUCAAGUGAAGACAAGCACGUAAAUCAACAAGAUGAUGAGACACAGGAAACUGAUUCUAGGCUUUCGUUGGAAGACGGAGGAAAAUUGGUAGAUGAAGAGGCCAAUACAUUGCUGAAUACUGGGAAGAAUAUGGAAGAACUGAUGGCAAGACCAAAUGUAGGAACUGGAACACAAGUUAAAAAUAAUCGAACAAGCAAUGGCGGUUUCCCGGAGGAUAGUUUUGGGAUGUCUUCAGUUGAAGUAAUACAGUCCAGAAAAUCAAAAGAUUUGAGGACACGGAACUCACUGGGUAUCGUAGAAGAAGAUCAGGAUGAUAACAAAAUUUUUGAGAAGGGUGAUGUACUGAGUGUAAAUGGCAAUCCAAAACAUGGAAUAGCUGAUAAAGUUUCUGCAGCUAACAAUGUCAAAGUUAAGCUGGCGAUCACUGAGAAUGAUAUGUGGUGGUCGAAUCUCCGUUAUGUUCUUGUCAUAAUAAUGCGAAGGGGUUCGGACAAAGAAGGACCAAGCGGACUCUAUAGCUUAAAAAUAACUUCUCAAGAAGAGGACCAGAAUGGCUAUUCCUAUAUUGUUGCUUUUGAGGAUGAUGCUGAUGCCAACAACUUUUGUUUUCUUCUAGAAUCAUUUUUUGAGGACCUGGGUGAUUUUAGUGCUGAUGCAGUUCCUAUGUCAAUACAAGUGAAAAUCUCAACUAUGCUCACCUACACAGUAAAUACAAUCUUAUACGCAUACAUAGAUUUAAAAAAAAAAAAAAGUUUUGCUAGAUUUGAAGCAAAGUUUGAAAUUGAAACUUGCAGUUUAGUGUCCAAAUACAGAAGCCUUUAUUGGGAACUUUAUUUUUUUUUUUCCUUUUUUUGGCAGGAACUUCAUCAAGCGGUAAAAUCACACGCCAAGAAAGUAUUCGUUGUAAAGAAGAGACAGCUACAGCUUUAUGCUGGGCAACCACUUUCUGAUGUUGAGAUGACCUUGUGCUCUCUAGUAGAACAACAUCAAAAUGUCCGUCCGGCUGAUUCAAAAUAGCUUUGAAUUUGGGUUCUGACGUGUUUUUUUCUCAACUUCAACCAAAUUGAAUUGCCCCCCAGGUAAUGAUUAUGAGAUGACUAGUGCUCCCUGAAUGCUACAAGGAACAUCUAGAGUGAUAAAACAGGCAGUGAUGCAGUCUUUGCCAUGCUUGUGUUGGUAAAACCAAACCGUGGCAUAUCUGUCCGAAACGUGGGAGUUGGAGUGGAAUGUGGAGGUCAAGAGUUAUUGGGGGCUUAAUUUAGGAUAAAAAUUAUUAUCUUCCUAAAUUUUUGUUGUGCAAAGUAAGUUGAUAGAAGGCUCCAGUUUAAGAAGCUCUAGCAAUCAUCUUGGGAACGUAGUUGACAGAAAGUUCCAUUCUUUCUGCCCGUGUUGAAGCGAGUGCGACAGACAGUCAAUAUUUUUGGCUAUUUUUUUCUUCUUUUUAUUUGGAACCAUAUUGAUUCAUUUUAA